AAAUCUUUUAACGCAAUUAAAAGACAAAUUCGUUUAAUCCAUGUUUUAAAAUUUUUUAUUAAAAAUUAUUUAUCUAUAUUAGCCGGGACAGUGCUAUAUAAAACAAUGGAUAGUUUAAAAUGCACCAGCUACUCAACAUAAGAAAAUGGCGGGAAAACAAGUGACGAAACAGGGUUCUCAAGAGAUUCCUCAUAUACAAUGUGCCGAGGAUAUAUCACUGUUAAGUUUGCGACAGCUAAGUGCUCUAGCAAAAUCUUGGGUUGUAGAUGUGUCAGGACUUGGACAAAAGAAAGACAUAGAGGAAAAACUGAUCAAAUUCUGGAUGAGUCACAAGAAAGAGGAAAAGUCCGACAUUUGGGAACCCCCUGAUCUUGCUAGUGCCUUCAAGGAGCAUCAACAGACACGACAAAAAUUGCUCGAGAAGUACCGGAAAGCUGAGGCAUUGUAUGUAAACUUCACACCAAAAAUAAAAGCAAAUAUUGAACUGUCCUUUCAUAGUAAGUCAUUUACAAAUCUAAUAAAAUUAUAAAGAACAAUUUCUGUAGAUCAA